AUGCUACUGAAACUGAAGCUCGCCUUUUUCCUGGCGUUAGUGGCCUGCUCGACUUCUCAAGAAGUUCAGCAAACUUCCGAAGAGCUUGAAGGGCACGUCGCGAACCAACUCGGAAGCCUACCACGUAUGUUCUUUUAUAUUUGUUUUAAAAAUCUUUGUUCGAAUAUUUUCACUUCUUCUUAUUUUAGAAACGGAACCCUCGGCUGAGCCCCAGCAACACCCGCACGGAAACCCGCAUGGAAUCGAGGCAACUUCGGAAAAGGUCGAGAAGAUCGACAAAGAGAUCUCUUCGAGUAUGUUCUUCUCUCUUCAUUGACAUUGCUUGAAUAUAUUCAUUUCAAGACGGAGCAGUAGAUGGAGGUCGAAAAACUCAAGAAGUCGGUGAAACUUCGGAAGAAGUCAAGAAAACCGAAGAUUCUUCGAGUAUGUUCUAAUUCAAGCUUGCUUUUUUAAAUUUCAACACUUUUAACAUUUCCAAUUCCAGACGCAGAAUCGGACGGCUCGGAGCCCAACGAAAAAGUUGCUCGUGGAGGUAUCUCUUCAUCCUAAUAACUAUAUCUACUUUUUCUAUUAUAGAAGGCACAUUUCUCAAAGGCCUGGAAGUUCUCCAAGAAGUUGAAGAAGCUGCUGACCAAGUCAACAAAAGCCGUCGCAUAAGGAGCGUGAAGAGUAUGUUGUUUUGAGUCUAUAGGCCUUCAAUUUUUUUUCUCAGCUGGUGGCUUUUUCGUGGAAGACCCAGAAGCAGUUCAGGAAGUGAGGGCUACUUACGACAAGGUCGAAGAAAGUUCGAGAAGAAGCAGAAGACGUAUGCUUUUUAUUUAUCGAUGUUUUAAAUAUUUUCUCCAUUUUAGCUCGAGGCAUUUUCUUCCAAGGCCAAGAAGGAGAACACUGCAACACCUUCCGGUGGUGUGGAACGGAUUUAGUUUGCUUCUACCGCACUGUGAGUUCUUGAGAAGAUGAUAAAACUUUUUUUCGAGCAUAUGAGGUUGUAUAAAGACUUUUAGCCAAAAACUAUCAAAAAUCGGUCAUCGAAAACUCUAAAUUGCAAUAAUUUGAGUUCUUCAGAUUCACGUUCGAGUCUACAACUCGACUUGUGUUAAAUUAAACAGCGUCCUUCCAGACAGUCCGUUUUCAUUUUCUCAUUUCCAUUUUCCACUUCCGAUUUAGUCCGGCCGACCUUGCUUUUCUCGCGAGUGGAGAAUCAGACCUGCAACUCCUUUUUAUGGUGUGCCGAUCCAUUGGAAUGCAUAGAUGUGGUGAGUUUCCCUUCGUUCAGUUUCAACUCAUGAAAAAAUGAAUUUUCAGAAGCUGUCGAAGGGAAAAACGGAGUCGAGAUGCGUCAGGGUCCCACAGACCCGAUCCAUCUGGGAUAUGUAUAAAGGGGGCCGAUGAAGAACUUUCCCUCCCAUCUCAUGGUAGACGCUCGCUUUUUCUGCUUUUAAGCCGCUGAUUCACCGUUUGAGAAACGAAGUCGAAGAAAAUUUUCAAGUUUGAAGCUUCUGAAUUUUUCCUUCCGGCCCUUUGUCUCUUGGACUUUUUUUUCUUGUCAAUUCGCUUGUGUUUAUGCAAAACCAGCUGCUUUGCUUCUUUUCUUGUCAAAUAAACUCUUCUAAUGUUGUAUACUGACAUUUGAAAAAAAAAAACUCAAACUGCAUAUUAUUAAAUAGGACUCAAUCAAAGAGAUGAUACAAUAUUUAUCAACUACGCGACAUAUGAUAACGAUAUUUUCAAAUUAUAUUCAAAGAAAGCUGGAGCUGUGAGAAAAAAAUUUUUUUAAUGAUAACUUUCCUUUUUUCUCAAAAACUGAGCAAAAAUAAAAUUGAAACAGUAAAGUGAAGUCUCCUUUCGAUCGUUUCCUCUUGCUACAAAGCCUUGUAAAAGGGAGUUGCGAAACGAAACGUCAUCUGAAAAACCUUCCAAAAAACCGACCGAACCAAAUAUACGGCAUUUUCUUUUAAUGACUCUGCAUACCUUUUUAGAGUAUCCCAGAGGAUCCAGAAUGAUGAGACUUGUUAAGCUUUGUAUCGCAGAGAAACUCAGAAAAAAAAAAAUGGUUCCGGCUUCUUUCUAAAAACAUCUCCAGAGAGGAGGAGAAAGCAAUCGGUCAGAUCUUUUUUUGGGGGAGGGGGGUUCAAGAGCCUCUAUCUGCAAAAAAAGGGGGAGACUGAUGAGUGUAUCACGAGGAAGCAGCCAGCUUGUCUGGUCCGCCCCUCGACCGAGUUAAGUUGAUCCGCUGAAGGUCCUCGAGCAUGUCGACCUUGAAGAUCGUCCUCGUCUUCCUACUCGUCGGUUGGUCGCUGGGAAUGGAAGACCGGGACCGCAAGAAAAUCUACGACGACUACUUCAACGUCCCGCAAAGUGAGUUUUUAUUUCUAUUGUCUUUUUUUUUUGAUUUUUAGAGAAAGGAUUCUUCUUCGAAGAACUCGAGGGAGACUUUUGCAGUCUCUUUCGUUGGUGCGGGGACGGUUUAGUUUGCGACUACAAGAUGGUGAGUUUUUUUCACUCUACAAUUUUUCAAAAAGUCGAAGAUUUAUUCAAUGUGCGUUUCAUUUUUCUUAGAGGUCUUGAAGAAAGUGAGAAAUUGGAUUGACUUUCUUGUAUUCCAGGUGAGUGCGAUAUGCACGGGAUUCCGCGUUCCGCGUUCCGCAUUCCGCAUUUCGCGCUUUUUUUUAGCGUUCUGCAAAAACUAAUUUCGUUCCGCGUUCCGCAUUCCGCAUUCUCAAUUUUACUUCCGUGCAUCUCUGAUACUUCCGUGCAUCUCUGAUAUGUUUUAAAAAGUUCCGGAGAACUGAAAAAUCUUUUUUGCGUACAUGCCAUACGCUUGAAAUGUACCAUACAAUAAGAUAUAUAAUUUCACUUUUUUUGUCAUAACGUUUCGAGGAGUUGACCAUAUAUUGUCAAACUUUUUUUAAGUUUUUUUCCUACGGGUGCAGUUAUCACAGAAAAAAAUCGGUUUGACAGCUCAUUUUUUUAAAUAAAUUACACAGCAUUAACAAAAUCUCCGAAACAGGAUAAAAUUAAAAAAAGAAAUUUUUUUGGUUGAUUUACGCCAGGAGAUUUCUAUUGAACACAUUUUUUUAUGGUUUACGGAAACUUCGAGUUUAUCAUACUAUAAAAAUUCUCUACUAUAAAUCAAUAAUCCAAAAUAAAAAAAAACUCUAAGUUCCGAAUCCCUUAAUUUUUUUUUAUUUAUGAAUUUUUUGAUUAAUGAUUUCAGGUUUCAGGCUAUAGCUUACUGUAAAAAUUAGCCAUUCAAAUAAUUUUCCUGUGAUCCCAAACUAGACCCGGACGACAAAAACUGUAGGAUGUUUGACAAAAGUUGGACAGCUCCUAGAAAAGAUAUGACCGAAAAAGGGAAGUUAUAUAUCUUACUGCACGGUACUGUAAGAGUAAGAGUGUUUCGGAAUGAGAAAAAAAAAGUCGAAAGGGGUGAGAAACAUAAAAUUUCUUGUUAAGAAAGCAAGAACAGAGUCCAAUCAGCUUGAGACUUUAUUUAACGCCAAUAAAAGUAUGAUUGAAUCUCCAGAAAGAUGGCGAGCCCUACCGCCCAAAGUGCAUCCGCAAGCCGAUGGAGGAGCCAAGUAAGAGCUCUCUGACUCAUUCUGAUUUUAGCUGUUCUUUCAGAGCCCAUCAAGCCGAAUUGGUUCUUCACGCAACUCAAAGGUGAAAGAUGCGGCUGGACCGCCUGGUGUGCAUCUCACCUCAAAUGUCAAUCGAUUGUGAGUUUUACUUCUCUAAAUGAAACAUUCCUACGAAAUUUUCAGGAAGUCAGCGGUAUUGCAUCGUUAAGAUGCAUUGAAGAGAAACUGGACAAAACUUUCAGAUGGAACCGCUAA